CUUAUCGUUAUGUCGAUUUCACUCGGUUAGAUUCGCACGUGGGAAGAUGAACACGAGUUUGAUGAGUCGUGACCUGUAAAUAUAAACAAGAAAUUCGUUUUUUACAUACUUAAGCUGGAAAUGAAUAUUUUUCAUUCGGCUCCGUCAUGGAUGGGCGGCUUAGAGAAUUCGGUCGGCGUCGUUACAUUAACUGUUGCGGUCGGAUGUUUAAUUGUAGUAUGGUAUUUUGCCAGAAGCAGGCUAAAGGCAUUUUUAAUAAAGAUAAGAAAUGUAUUUGAGAAACCUUCUCCGAUUCAAAAGACGUUUCACGUUACUUUAUCUAGGAAUGUACAGCAAAAAACUUGCCGUCCAAGUGGUUUUAUUAAAAAUGUAAAAGUCUUUUAUGGAACGCAAACAGGAAAUGCUAAGAAAUUGUCCAAAGAGUUAGUGGAAACUUUGCAAGAUAAAGGAUGGACAGUCGAACUUAUCAAUUUGAAAGAUUAUGAUCCCGACGAUUCUUUUUUAGAAGAAGCAAAAAAGAAGACGACCUGCAUUUUUAUCAUUUCUACUUACGUGGACGGACAUCCGCCCGACGACGCAAAGUGGUUCUGCAAAUGGUUAAAAGACAUCUGUUUCGAUUUUCGUAUGCAGAAAUUCAUUCUGAAUGGGAUGAAGUACGGAGUUUUCGGACUAGGUAAUUCCCUUUAUGGAGAAAACUUUAAUAAGGUUUCUAAAGAAUUGGAUGAAUGGUUAAAUAAACUUGAAGCAGAAAGAAUAAUGGAUGUUGGUCUGGGUGAUGAGAAUAUGGCAGAAAGUAAAAAUGGAGACAUCCAUUUGGAUUUUGUGGAAUGGAAGAAACGGUUGAUAGAAAUAUUAGAAAAGCCGGAACGUGGAUACUCGUCGCAACAGAUAAAAGCCGAUCGUAAUAAAGAGAUGCUUUAUGAAAGUAGUGACGACGACGUGGAAGAUGUAGGAUCCGACGGAAGCGAAUUGGUAGACGUGGAGGAUUUAGGAUCGGUGAUGAAUAAAAUGAAGAACAUUAAGGUUGCAAAGAAGAAAAUUUUGGAGGAUUCUGGCCCGAAAGAAAUGAUCACUCCGACAUUGCGCAAGGCCCUCACAAAACAGGGUUACAAGUUAAUAGGAUCUCACUCGGGUGUCAAAUUGUGCCGGUGGACCAAGUCGAUGCUCCGCGGCCGGGGAGGCUGCUACAAACACACGUUCUACGGCAUCGAGAGUCACCGGUGCGUGGAGGCCACGCCCAGUCUUGCCUGUGCAAAUAAAUGUGUCUUUUGCUGGAGGCAUCAUUCCAAUCCCGUCGGAACCGAGUGGAAAUGGAAAAUGGACAAUCCGGAACUAAUAUUCCAGGAAGCUUUGAAAAAUCAUUAUCGGAUGAUCAAAGAAUUUAAGGGUGUACCUGGUGUAAAGGAAGAGAGGUUUAAAGAAGGAAUGGAAGCUAAACAUUGUGCAUUAUCACUCGUUGGAGAACCCAUAAUGUAUCCGGAGAUAAACAAGUUUGUCCGACUUCUUCACGGUCGUGGAAUCUCUACCUUUCUCGUCACCAAUGCACAGUUUCCGGAUGCCAUAUCAAAAUUAGAUCCGGUGACCCAACUGUACGUUUCGGUAGACGCCGCCAGUAAAGACAGCUUGAAGAAAAUUGACCGUCCGCUAUUUAGAGACUUUUGGACAAGAUUUCUAGAUAGUCUAAAAGCUUUGUCUGACAAGGGUCAAAGAACAGUGUAUAGAUUAACAUUGGUCAAAGCAUGGAAUACAGAAGAAAUUGAAGGAUAUGCAAAAUUAAUAGAACUGGGACGGCCGGAUUUUAUCGAAAUCAAGGGAGUGACAUAUUGUGGAACAUCGAAAGCAAGUACUUUGACGAUGGAAAACGUUCCCUGGCACGAAGAAGUUUUAACUUUUGUGCAAUCUUUAGUAAAUAUUAUUCCUAAUUAUGCUAUAGCUGCAGAGCACGAACAUUCAAAUUGUGUUUUAAUAGCACACGAAAAGUUUAAAAUAAAUGGUGAAUGGAGAACUUGGAUCGACUAUGAAAAAUUUCAUAAGUUAAUAAGAAGAUAUUACGAAAGUAAUGGAGAAGAAACAUUUACAUCAUUGGACUAUAUGCUUCAUACGCCGAAUUGGGCCAUUAUCGGUGCUAAAGAAAGAGGAUUCGAUCCCGUAGAGACGAGAUUUUUAAGGAAAAGUAAAAAAGAUAUCAGUGGAUGCUAGAUUUUUUUAAUUUGUCUGGAAAAUUAGCAUAUCAAUGAAAAAUUGAUAAUGUAUUGUCAUUUAUCAAUUUUUGUAUGAUUUUGUUAUUAAAAAUGGUUUGUUUCUCCUUUUAACUUUAAUUAAAGUAAUGGGAUCAUAAAAUUUCUUAAAAUACAUGCAUAAAUAUUUGCCAUUCCAAAAUCAGAUAAUAAUAAACUAUAUUAAUUAGCAAACCUUUUAAAAGCCCAAAUAACUUGCAUAUAGAAGUAAAAUUUAUCAGUAUCUUAAAGAAUAGAGGCAUCGUCUCAAGCUGCAACAGUUAUGAAUAUAAUAUUAACUAAAGCGAUGUAUUGCUUUAAACUUGAACCAUUGCUACUUUACUAACUUAUUUGCUAGAAAGGCAUCAAAAUUAAUUAAUGUAUAUUGCAAUAACAGUAUUAUGUUUGCCAAAAAUUUAUAUAAAGAUUCAAUCUAAUAUAUAUUGUCAUUGUGAUCAUGUCAGAUCAUUUGAUAAUUAAAAUACUGAGGGAAUCAGCAAUUCAAAUAUUCUAAACAAGAUAAAAAUGUCAGAUCAAUUAUAUGAGCAUUCUUAGCGUAUUAAAAUAUUGGGUUGUUCAGAAAGUACUUUCGUUUUUUUUACCACUAGACGGAUUAG